AUGCCUCCAAAAAUACGGCCAACCCUUCCAAAUAAAAUACAAGAACAAAUAGAAGCUCAAGGAUCAAAAGAUGACACCAGAAAAUUCACCAAAAAAUUCAAAGUUCGAGAAAAAACGCGAAAAGCUAAACGUAAACAACAACGAUUAGAUAAAAAACGCAAAAGGAAUCAUAGCCAAGCGGAAAAAGAUGAUUCGGAAUUAUCAGUUGCUGCAAAACGCCAAAAAACCAAUAACGGCAAAAAAAUCGUGAACAAGGAUAAGAACCCCGAAUCACCACAAAAACCAAGGAAAUCUAACAAACGGGAUCAUGAUAAUGAUCACGAGGACAAUGAGGUCAAUGACAUUACUCCCAAGAAAAAGCAAAGUCUUGCAGGAAAGAAGCAAAACUCUUUGGAUCCUGAUGAACGACAGAUGCGACGACUAGAGAAAAAAUUAGGAAUAAAAUCUGGUCGAAAUAUAUCUAAAGUUUUACAUGACGACGGAUUAGAUGAUUUGUUAUCCGGAUUUGAGAUUGGCUCGAAAAAAUUAAACCAAUUUGAUUCGAAAAAAAAAGAUAAAGAUGUAAUGGAUACAACGGAUGAAGAAGAAAAUGAUGAAGAGAGUGAAAGUGAAUUGGAUGAUGAGAAUGAGAACGAUGAAGAAGAGGAUGAGGAAAGCGAUCAAGCAAUUUCAGUUUCUUCAAAAAAAUAUGUUCCACCUCAUUUACGCGAGUCCAAUAAUGAUGCUAAAGAAGAAUUGAUUAGGAUACAAAGACAGUUGCAAGGCUUACUGAAUAGGCUUAGCGAAGCAAAUAUUGAAAGUAUUGUAACGAGCGUUGAGAAUUUGUAUCAAAAGUAUAGGCGGCAUGACGUGACCGCCACCAUUACUAAUUUGGUACUCAAUAUUAUAUCGUCUAAAUCUAAUCUUUUGGACCAGUUUGUUACUCUUUACGCGACAUUUAUUGCUGCUUUAUAUAAGAUUAACGGGAUUGAUUUCUGUGCACAUUUUGUGCAAACAUUAAUCGAAGAAUUCGAAAAAUUUCAUAGUAAAUACAGUAAUAAUAAUAAUCUUUCCAAAAAGCGUGAUACUGUUAAAAAUAAUCAAGACGAUAAUACCACAGAAAGUGCCGGAGAAAUAGGAAAAGAAUGCACGAAUCUCGUGCUCUUAAUUUCCGCGUUAUACAAUUUUCAAGUAGUUUCGUGUGUUUUGAUAUACGAUCUAGUAAGACUAUUUAUCAAAGAUUUGACAGAAUUGAAUGUUGAAUUGUUGCUAAAGGUUAUUAAAAGUUCAGGUUACCAACUGAGACAAGAUGAUCCAUUAGCAUUGAAAGAAAUCAUUCAGCAAGUUAUGUAUGAAAUUAACAAAAAAGAUCCUUCGACAAUUGGAUCACGAACUAAAUUCAUGAUUGAGACAGUUACAAAUCUAAAGAAUAAUCGCAUGAAACAACAACAGCAUACAAAUGCUCUACCGAAUAAAAAUAAUAGGAAUAGUAGUAGCAGUAAUGUAGAUAACAACAGUAAUGCGAUGAGAAUGAAAAAGUUUUUAGCGAAUUUAAGCAAAAAAAUUCAUGUACAAGGGACCGAGGCAUUACGAUUAAGCUUGCAAGAUAUUCAUUCGAUUGAAACAAAAGCCAAAAAACAAAAAAUGAAUACUGAUGUGCGACGAAGUAUUUUUAUUGUAUUGAUGAAUAGUGAGGAUUUUGUGGACGCAUUUGAACGUCUAUUGAAACUCAAUCUUAAGGAAGUUCAAGAACGAGAAAUUCCUCGUGUAUUGAUCCAUUGUUGUGGGAAUGAAAAAACACACAAUCCUUAUUACGACCUUCUAGCAGAACGCCUUUGCGCACACGACCACAGUUUCAAAAUCACAUUUCAGUACUGUCUCUGGGAUUUCUUACGCGAGUGUGGUGAAGAUGAGGUUGGCGGGAUGGAACUAUUAAAGAAGACUAUUAACACGGAUAAUGAUUUUGAAAGUGGAAUUGGUGAUAAAGUACCAGUUAGGAAAAUUGUUAGUUUGGCGAAACUUUACGCGUGGUUGUUGGCAUGUGGACAGCUGUCGAUUGUUGUUUUAAAAACUCUCUCAUUUACAAAAUUAAAAUCACAAACACGUUUAUUCCUCCGAUUACUAAUCACACACACGAUAAUUCUAUCACAAAGGAAACAAAAUCUAACAUCUACCAAAUCCAAAUUUAUCGUCAAUAGUCAAAAACGCCAUCAUCUUAAUCCUAAUUUAAUAGCAACCAUUUUUAAAAGAGCAAUUCCUAAUCCGGCAUUGUCACAAGGACUUUUAUUCUUUACGCAGCAAUUUGUGAUGAAUUCGCAAAUGUUAUCUUCGGAAAAGGAAAAAGGGGUGAUCAAUGUGGAAGAAGAACAAGAUAUGAUAAAGUGGGGAUGUAAAGUUAUUAAGGACGUUCUUAGUGGCAGGCUUGGCAGCUAA